AUGGGCAAGUGGAGCAUCGGGCGAAAGCCGGGCCGCGCACUCGGACUCCUGCUGCUGGUGAUCUUGAGUUUCCUGGUGCUCUGCAGGUAUUUGCAUCUCAGGCCGGGCAGCUAUGACCAUGAGGCGGCUCAGAGGUUGGAUUGGUAUAAUCUGCUCCCUGCAUGGCUUAAACAACGGCAGUCAGGGCUGCAGGCCAACGGCCAAUCCUUCAUGCUGGAGGACUCCACUUUCUGGAUCUUCGGGGGCUCCAUGCACUAUUUCCGUGUGCCUAAGGAAUACUGGAGGGACCGUUUGCUGAAGAUGAAAGCCUGUGGCUUGAAUACCCUCACCACCUAUGUUCCAUGGAACCUCCAUGAGCCAGAAAGAGGCAAAUUUGACUUCUCUGGGAACCUGGACCUGGAGGCCUUUGUGCUGAUGGCUGCGGAGAUCGGGUUGUGGGUGAUUCUGCGUCCAGGCCCCUACAUCUGCAGUGAGAUUGACCUUGGGGGCUUGCCCAGCUGGUUACUCCAAGACUCUGGCAUGAGGCUGAGAACAACUUACAAGGGCUUCACCGAAGCAGUGGACCUUUAUUUUGAUCACCUGAUGUCCAGGGUGGUGCCACUCCAGUACAAGCACGGAGGCCCCAUCAUUGCUGUGCAGGUGGAGAAUGAAUAUGGUUCCUAUAACAGAGACCCUGCCUAUAUGCCUUACAUCAAGAAAGCCUUGGAGGACCGAGGUAUUGUGGAAUUACUUUUGACUUCAGACAACAAGGAUGGCCUGCAAAAGGGAGUCAUGGAUGGAGUGCUGGCCACCAUCAACCUGCAGUCACAACAUGAGCUGCAGUUAUUAACCAACUUUCUCUUAAGUGUGCAGAGGGUUCAGCCCAAGAUGGUGAUGGAGUACUGGACAGGGUGGUUUGACUCGUGGGGAGGCCCACACAACAUCCUGGAUUCUUCUGAAGUUCUAAAAACAGUGUCUGCCAUCCUCGAUGCUGGCUCCUCCAUCAACCUCUACAUGUUCCAUGGAGGUACCAACUUUGGCUUCAUAAAUGGAGCCAUGCAUUUUCAUGAAUAUAAAUCUGAUGUCACCAGCUACGACUAUGAUGCUGUGCUGACAGAGGCUGGGGAUUACACAGCCAAGUACUUCAAGCUCCGAGGUUUCUUUGGCUCUAUCUCAGGUGUCCCUCUUCCUCCCCAACCUGACCUCCUUCCCAAGACUGCGUAUAAGCCCUUGAGACCGAAUUUAUACCUGUCACUGUGGGAUGCCCUGCAGUACAUGGAGGAGCCAGUCAAUUCUGAAAAACCAGUCAAUAUGGAGAACCUGCCAAUAAACAAUGGAAAUGGACAGUCCUUUGGGUACACUCUGUACGAGACCACCAUUUCUUCAUCGGGCAUCCUCAGUGGUCUUGUGCGUGACCGGGGACAGGUAUUUGUGAACACAGUGUCUGUAGGAUUCUUGGACUAUGAAAGGAAGAAGAUUGUUAUUCCCUUGAUCCAGGGUUACACCAGGCUGAGGAUCUUGGUGGAGAAUCGCGGACGAGUCAACUAUGGGGAUAACAUUGAUGACCAGCGCAAAGGUUUAAUUGGAAAUAUCUAUCUGAAUGAUUCUCCCCUGAAAAAAUUCAGAAUCUACAGCCUGGAUAUGAAAAAGAGCUUCUUUCAGAGGUUCAGCAUCGACAAAUGGAGCCCUAUCCCUGAAGUACCUACGUUCCCUGCUUUCUUUUUGGGUGCCUUGUCUAUUUCCCUUUCCCCUUUUGACACCUUCAUGAAGCUGGAGGGCUGGGAGAAGGGGGUUGUAUUCAUCAAUGGCCAAAACCUUGGACGCUACUGGAACAUUGGACCCCAGGAGACCCUAUACCUCCCAGGUGCCUGGUUGGACCAAGGCAUCAACCAGGUUAUUGUUUUCGAGGAGAAGAUGGCAGGCCCUGUGAUACAGUUCACUGAAACACCCCACCUAGGCAGGAGCCAGUACCUUGAUUGAGCAGCACCACCCCGCGCCCCCUGGUGGCGAGAAGCAGGAGAGCACCACAGUCCCCCGUCAGCUGACCGGAGCCUGGUGCUCUGCUCCUUCACACCCUCCCAUGCAGGAGAGUUUCUUUAAGUAGCAUCCUCAGGCAGCCAUGUGGCUACAGCAAGGCCCGCUCGUUCAGUUCAAGACCCUAAACUUGGAAGAACUGAAGAAGAAAAGUGGGAUAGGAGGGUGGGACCCCCUCCUUACCUAAGUGGCUUUAAAAAAUUUUUUUAUUGUUAUGUUAAUCACCAUAUAUUACAUCAUUAGUUUUUGAUGUCCUAAGUGGCUUCUUGACUGGGCUUUGUUGCUGGCACCUUUCCUACUUCCCUUUAACUUCUGGGAGAAGACAGAGGGAUGUCCCUCUAGGGUAGGAAUGUCUAAUCAGAUGUCCACGUGAUGAUGCCUGGGGCCCUCAGUUGGGCAUAACUUCUAGACACAGGUUUGCUCCUAUGAUGUUCUCACCUGUGCUCAACCAUGCCCCUCCUGGCCCCUUUUCAUCUGAAAUAGGAGGUUUGUCACCAUUUGUAGAGGAUAGGGAAGCGGGUAGGUGUCUCACCUGAAUCAUCUUUGUUCUUCUCAACCCUCCCCAAGCCUUCUCUGGGAUUCUGGAAGAAACUAUGAGAGACACACACAUUUUCUCCUCAUUUUCCACUCUAAUUGCAUCUGACAGGAUGACAAGCCAAGCUUAGGAGAAACAGAAAUACUCAGCCACUUACUUUCCUGAAUUAGAGAGUAUUUCCAGUUUUACUCAAUGAGAAGAAGCAUCAACUGAGGAGGGAAUGCAGGCCCUAGUAAGAACCACACCCUGAUCUGAAGGCCCAGCUCUGGGGGCAUGGGCAAGUAGUCUCCCUGGAAUGUUGGUGUAGCCACGGGGCCCACAGGCCUAGUCCAGAUCUUGCAUCCAGCUCAGUCUCUCUCCCUCAACUCCCUGUAACUAAGCAGCAGGGAGGAGAAGCAGCCUUCCUUUGCAAUUGUCUGUCCAAAUUUGAGGCGCUUGUUCUAGGGAUUGAAUCCACUGGGUUAGCUCUGGUUCACUGUCCUGAAUUGCAAUAAAGCAACAGAGUUGAAUCAAA